CCCUCUUCUACGGUUCAACCAUCACCGUCAGCUCUCUCGACUUGUCAUUCUCUCACCUUCGCACCAGAGGUUCCCACUCCUCGUCUCUCCUAAAGGUUAUUUGCCUCCCCCUCCCUGCUUUUCUGGAGUUCCCCCCCAAUUCACUCCCUUCAUCCCCCUCCCUCCCUCCCCCCUCCCAUUCAUUUUUUAGCUCGGGACAUCGUCCUGGCUUUUGCUGCAACGGCCGAACAACAAAGAAAGAAAUUCUGACAGCCUGUCAGGCGGGAUUGUUUUGAUCCCAUUCACUGCUAUUCCUCCUCUGCUUGGUAUCGAAACCCCAGUGUCACCCUGGCCAAUCCGUCUAGCCGAGUUACUGGGAAACCUUGAUCAACGGUGGUGUUAACCUUGAUUGAUACUACCUCUUUGCCCCCCUUUCAACUAGGUUCGAACCUACAAACAAACGCAAAACAAUGGUCAACGGCACCGCUACGGUGUUGGAGCCCACCUUCACGGGAUAUGUCGCGACAACACAGGAUGCGCUGAUUCUCUUCGAGGCCUGUCUGACGGGAGUGCUGCACCAUGUGCCCCGUCGGCCUCACGAUCGCGAACGUGGUCACCUGGUCCGCAGUGGCAGUGUGUUCAUCUACGAGGAGAAUUCGUCGGGAAUUAAGCGAUGGACGGAUGGAGUGACCUGGAGUCCCAGUCGAAUCCUGGGCAACUUUCUCGUCUACCGCGAACUGGAGAAGCCGUUUCCCCCCGGCGAAAAGAAGCGAGCGAUGAAGAAGGCCAAUCGACGCCCGGUGCCUUCCACAAGACCUGGGGAGCCGUAUCCGCGACAGGACAGCAACGGCGGUUAUUCGCCGUCCUCGACACCCGGUCAGUAUGCUGGAGACCGACCACACCAGUUGGACGUGGAGAGAGCGUUGGUAGGCUCGCUGGUGGACUCGUAUGGCUUCAAAGAUUCGGGACUCGUGAAGAAGACGAUGAGUGUGACGGUUUCGGGGGUGACACACCACCUGGUCUCGUAUUACAGCGUGGAGGACGUGAUGCGUGGGCUGCUGAACCCGCCAUCGAUGGUCGACUCGCUGCGAUACAUACGGCCUCGUGCAGAGCUGACGCAGAAGCAAAGCUUCCGGGCCCCCAUCGAUGACUUGGAAUCAGGAUCCUUAGAGAACCCGAACGACCCCCAUGCGAUAUACGGAUACCGACCUCAGUUGGUAGCACCGCCCGGGUAUGCGAUUCCCAACCCUCAUCCCGAAUUUUACAUGCACCCCGCGCCGUACGCUGCCACGCAUGCUCCGCAGACUGCGGCAAUCCCGGGAUACUCGAUGGCAGGGUCGAUUUCGGCGCAGUCGGCUUCCAAUCCCUAUCUUCCCGCGCCGUCUGCACCUACCCAAAUCCCGCAGAAGCCAGACGACUAUUCCCAAUUCCGGACACCCACUCAGUAUGGAACGAGCUUUGAUGCUCUGGGUCACAGUGCUCUGUCGUCGUCGAUUCCUUCUACACUCAACACGGGCAUUCCAAGUUCCUUGAGCGAUCGCAACCGAUCCCAGUCGGAUCACAGCCCUUCUGCCUAUCGCAACUCGUCAAUAUCCUCACGCAGCGUUGCGACCGACGCCACCUCGCCCAUCGACCCAGCAACGCCGGCCACAUAUUCACGGGGAGGAAGCUUCAGCCUGGGCCCGCUAGAUGGACCGCAUCAACCACUUGAACAGCGUGGCAUGGCUGCGUUUGACCCAGGCAUCCCGCGCCGGGAGUCGAACCCGAUGCAUGCGCCUUAUUAUCCAGGCGCAGACCGGCAUCCGUACUACGUGAGCGCUACCGCUCCGGCAGCUCAUGCCAAUUACCCCGUGUCGACAUGGGCAGCGGCGGCUGCUCCAGCGCAGCCUCAGAUAUGACUCUAAAUUCUUCAGCGACCAUGAUUUGUGGUUUUACCCUCGCUUUAUCUUUACUUCUCAUACCCCCCUCUUUAUUUUCUUCCGUACGAAUUUUAUUUUCUAUUGUUUUCCAGAAGGGCGGCAAUUUGGGAAUAGACUAUGCAUAUACGCUGUGGAUGAAUACCCGGGUGGGAAAACGCUCUUAGAGGAGACAUGGGUGGCUU